CACACACAAGCAGCUUUCUUUCCCAAGUCCUUCUUUCACGCAAACCAUUAGAUUACACUUGAAUAUAAUGAAAGAAAAGGGUCUUAUUAUAAUGCCAUGAAGUUAAAUACAAAAGGCGUGAUGAAGAGCCGCGCGUGAUUAAAUCAAUUAUGCAAAUGAAAGGCGUUAUUAGAGGCUCCUGCGAGCGUCCACAGGCGCUUCACAAACACACUGUCUGCGAUGUCUGCGAGGGGGAUUUUCCGAGGAAUAAAACACCUGCAGGUUUUCACAUGCUGGUUACAGUUGGUAGAGGACAUCUUUAUAUUGUUCUCCUAUCUGAAGGCGGCAGAGGUGAAUCAGAUGAGCCGAACUGAGUCAUACCCUCUUCAAGACUUUGCCGCGGAGAAGUCUCAAGGAGAUGGUGUGAUGAGCCGCAGAAGGGUCUCGGUGAAAGACCUGGGCCAGGGCGACUGUCAGGGCUGGUUGUACAAAAGGAAGGAGAGCAAAGGGCUCUUGGGCUGGAGGUGGAAGAAGUUUUGGUUUGUGCUCAAGAAAUGUUCACUUUACUGGUACACGUCGGACAUGGCAGAGAAAGCCGAAGGCUACAUCAACCUGAGAGACUUCACCAUAGAACAGGCUACCGAAUGCAAGAAGAAGUUUGCAAUGAAAGCAAGCCACCUCCAAAUGCUGACACUCUACUUUGCAGCUGAGAACAUGAAAGACAUGAACAAAUGGCUGGCUAAACUCACCCAGGCUUCAAAUGAACCUGAGCCCAGAGACUCAACAAAUGGAGAGUGCUACAGUGAGGAGAGUGAUGAUGAGGAUGAAGCAGACACAGCUGAGAUGUGUGAAGAGUACAUGGAUCAGCUGACUCUUGGCUCUCUGCAUGGCUGUCUCCCGCCUCCCCGCUCCUCUUCCUCUCCAUGUCAGGACUCGUUCCCGCUGGUUUCUCCGGUGUGUAAACGCACCUCAACUCAGAGUGCAGACAGUGAGUCGUGGCAGGAGAUCAGCUCAGAGGAAGACCCCAUCCACAAAAUACAGGAAUUCAAAGGAAAUGACUGCCCCCCGUCUGAUGAGAUGGAGAUGCUGUAUCUUCACCUCAAGCAGGUGAGUCUGUCCCCCACAGGAGCCCUGCAGCCGACCACCAAACGUGACUUCAGGUCUUCCUUCAUCAGACGCUGCAAAAAUGAGAGCAUUAAUGAGAAACUACACCUGAUUCGAGCUUUAAACAGCACUUUAAAGGCGAAGGAGGCCGAUCUGCAGGCCAUAGAGCAGGUCUUGCGUGAACCGUCUCUGAGCGCUUGUAAAUACAGACAGUGGCGAGAUGCUAAUGUGCUCCUGCUGCAGGAGAUCGGAGAGAAACACGAGAGAGCUGUGGAGCCACAAGCCCAGGAAGCUCUGGUUCAGACUCAGCCUCGGCGUCAGUCGCUCUUCAGCCCAGGUCCUGUGUACACCGAGACCAGCCUGUGAAGAGCAGAGGACGAUUACAGACAUCUACAAACUAAAACAGAUGGGUGCUGUGUGAAGACGACCACAGGAACACAAACAGAGCGGGGUUUCCAGGACUCAAAUGAAGCUUCGCUGAAACCCUUCAAACUCAUACUAGCCUGCAGAACGCAGUAACUGCAUCAUGGAGAAAAAUGACCUCAAUUUGGAUUCAUUUGAUAUCAGUUUUCUCUGAAUCAGACACAGGAGAGCCUAGCUCGGUCAUUUCUGAAACAUGUAGUUACUGCAUUUUGCCUUUGUAGUUCAGAAUAACUGUAACAAAUGAAUAAAUAACAGAUGUAUUUCUUGUCA